AUUAUUGGCUCCUCCCACAAUGCAACGCAGACAAGGGAACCUCCAAGACAAGAGGAGCAAAAGCCCUAGCGUUACUAACUUAAACUGACAUUACAUCGAGGAUUAUCUCUCUCCGAAGACUCGUUUCAACACGUUUUUUCUCCAAGAAGACGUUUUUCGUUCGGAUUUUAUUUUGCUUUCUUUUGCCUCUAUAUAACACCAUAACAAGAGCAUCGGCGUCAGAUAAAUAGCGCCGCGGCAGCGUCCUUACAGCGUUAUUUUUAACGAAGGAGGAUUUUACAAUCUAAUUUUUUUUCGGUGAUAUAUUUGGCUGCCGGCUGUUUGAUAACUUUAUUACGCAAUUUGUUUGUUUGGCUGGCAUUACAAUCAGCUGUACUUUCCAGCCAUUGUCUUCGACGGGGAAAGCGCGACGCCCUCAGGCCGCCGCUGGUACUGCAGCUGCCGGCGAGUUGUAAGUGAGACAGUGGGAGUCUGAAUAAUUUAACGGUGGAAAAUGAGCUCAGAAGAGGCGGCAGCUCCAACCAAAACCGGCACAGAGGACGAUGGCAUGUCCUGGUGGUACCGCUGGAUCUGCAAACUGGCCGGUGUCCUGGGUGGCAUAUCAUGUGCAACGAUGGGCGUCUGGAACUGCGUGACCGUGAAUCCCUUGAACAUCGCGGCUGGGGUUUGGAUGGUGUUGACGGCGUUUGUGUUGUUCCUGUGUGAGGUGCCCUUCUGCUGUCAGUUCGUAGAGUUUGCGAAUGCUAUUGCGGCGCGUGCCGACCGUCUAAAGCCCUGGCAGAAAGCCCUGUUUUACUGCGGGAUGGCGUUGUUUCCCGUCUUUCUGUCGUUUUCCAUCACAACUCUGUUUGGUAACGCCAUCGCUUUUGCUACAGGAGUGCUUUACGGACUCGCGUCCCUCGGAAAGAAAGGCGAUGCGGUGAGCUACGCUCGAUUGCAGCACCAAAAACAGGGCGACGAAGAGAAACUGACAGAAACGACAGACGGUUCAGCGCCGUGAUCCUCCUCUACCUCCUCUUUUCCCCGUCACGUAACUACAUGCAUUACCUGACCGAGUGUCUCGCAGUGUAACCUUUGACAGCACGAGGCAGGAAGUUUGUGUGGGAUUUAAUUUUAUUUAAUAAAAUGGGUUUUAAUUUGUUGUUUUUUUGUUUUGUUUUUUUCAGUUGCGCUAUCAUGCACAUUCGUUUUUUUUUUUUUUUUCAUCUCGCUUUAUAAGAACGACGUAUUUUAGUUUGCGUUGACCCAAAGUUGGAGUGUAAAUGAAUGCAUUAACUUCAGCGACCGUCUCUCUUCUCAUCGAACCGCCUCAACACCAGCGCAGGGAAUCGGAACUUUCGGCCAUUGGGAUUUUCUCCCAAAAUUCUUUGCUCUAAACAAGAAAAUCUUUUGAACGACUGAACAAACUUGUACUUUAAUGCGUAGGCAUGUUUUGGAAAUUGCAGGGCCUCUUGCAGGGAUUAUAACGAAGUGUGUUUGUGUGUUUUUGUGCCUCUGCUAACUGGCCUUUACCCAGAAUCCUUUGCUGCAGCAUGUUUGGUGUUCGUAAGAAACAGUGGAAUGUAAUUAUGCUAUGCGCUGCUCUAAAACCUCGCUGUCACUUUCUUUGUUUGAUUAUUUGGUGAAAGUGUCUGAUCUGUGCUCUCUUUUCAUGGAUGUUAAUCGGGUUAGGUGCCAUAUUGAAUUUUAAAGAAUUUUUAAGGAUUUUUGAAUAUAAAAGUGCGCCGCGUUUGAAGUUAUUGUCUCUCAAAAGAAAGAGUCGACUCUGAAUCAUUGAAACGACUCAUUUUUAAAACGAGUUUCAAGCGGUUUUAGUUUGAAAUGUUAGCAUAAUCCCCGCCCACUUAUCGGUCUUUUCACAGCGGUCUGAAUAAAAUCGACCAAUCACCGAAGGGGUUUGCAAAAAUGAAUCAUUAAAUGAAUCGUUUGGGAGUCAUUGAACAAAUAAGGUGAAAAUAGAUGCGCUUUAUGAGACGAUGCAUAUUUGUUUUACCUUGCAUGCAUGUCGACCUGUUUUUGGGGACCCCUGAAACCAAAAUAUGAACUUUCAUAACCCCUAAUAGGGGCACUUUAAAAGGGAUAAAACAAAGCUGCGAGGGAUGGACUUUAUGGAGUUUUUUUGUUUCAUCAGCUAAACAUUGGGUUUGCUGUUAAACAACAGUAAAAUUAAUUGAAGGCGUUGUACUUCCGUCCCUCACAGUCUCAUUUUCGUUCCUGUCAGAUAUGAAAUACGGCACUCACCUGACUGAAGUCCAUCGAAGAGCUUGUGUGAGAGUUUUUCUGAAUGCUGAGGUGCGUUUCAAGUGUGUGUGUGUGUGUUUCCGUCCGUCUUUCCUCUCAAGCCAUGCGUCUCUUGCUGCGCUGAAGAAGGGCUUCUUUUCUGGAAUAAGAAACGACUGGGUUUGUUGAUGCUGUGAUGACGUGUUGUUCGCUUGUUUCUGAGCCAGUCUUAACGCUGACCACCGAAAGUAUGAAAGCCAAAGGUACAAACUACAAGAUAAAAGAACUAGUUUGGAGGUCAGAGGUCAUGCACUAACUGUGGUGUUCACACUGUUACUGCCUUUUGUCUUUAAAGGGUCAAUUUCAUGAAAUUGGUCAAGGACUAGAUUGUAUUUCAUCUACGUUUUGUCUUUUUCUUAUCCGUUGAGCACAUUUAUUCAAAUUAAAUUGUUCCUUUAUAUAAUUUAUUUAGGUUUAAAUACAAUUAUUUUACAGGAACAAAACUAGGACAAUUAAAAUACAUCUCCAAGUAACGUACUGAAUGUUAAAAAUAUGUAUUUUUUUAUUUUAUGACGAGAUGGAAGUCCGUUUUCAUUAUACAAAGUGUGAUUGCGUUUUUAAAAAAAUUUGAGUUCGUAAAAUUUAUUCACAAUUCUGCCUUUUUACCUCAGAACUGCAAGUUUAUAUCUGACAGUACACAAUUAUUUUUUUCCUAAAAAUUUCGAUAUCGUUUCGAAAAGUUACCUUUUUGUUAAUCAUGGCAGAAUCCAGGUCAACGUUAUCCGGGUGUUUGUGAGAAACGUUUCACAAAUGUUUUGCAUGAAUUUCCAGCAGGUAAAUGAUCUCCGACGACAUCUGAGCCUUGUAAACCCGUGAAGUGUCCACCAGCGCACAAACCAGCUCAAAUUCAAUGUCCACCUCCACGUAUUGUAGAAUGAACCGUUAUUCACCACACAGUCUAGGUUUUCCAGAUUUGGAUUUCCUAAAGCUGCAACAUUAGUUUUGUCCGUGACUAAACACUACUGACUGGAAAAAAAGGGAAGAGCUUCUGAAACACAAAUUGCUCUGCACAAAAUAAACUUGAAUUGUCAUUAGCUGUUUAGCAGUGAUCUUGUCCCUCUGUGUAUUUGUGGCGGAUAUGAUUGACUUUGCAAUGAUGUGUUUUAAAAUGAAGGUUUUUUCUUUUUCCCAUGAGCUAAAUAAAGACUUUCGUCUCUGA